CUGGAGGGGGUGCGGUUCUCGCGGGCUGGGCCUCCCUUUUCCCAAAACCGAGAACAAGCUAGCGGGACGGCUACUGGCCAGGGCUCGGGUCGCUGUCGUGGCUGCGGGGCCCGGGCCGGGGAAGGGGCGGGGACCGGGGAGCUGGCGGCCGGCCGGCGUCGGCGGCGGUGGCGGCGGGGGCCCCGCUCGGGGUGUUAGGGGACAAGAUGGCGGCGGCGGCGGCCCUCCGCAGGCCGGGCUCCUCCUCCUCCUCUUCCUCCUCCUCUGGCACUAGUAGCAGCUUCAACCGCGGUGGCGCUGGUCCCAUCUCCCCGCGCUCUGAAGGGGGAUAGACGGGGACCGCGGCGGGCGCGGGCGCGGGCUCGGGGCACCGGGCGGGCGGGGAUGGGGUCCCAGACACUGCAAAUCCUCCGGCAGGGGGUGUGGGCCGCACUCAGCGGCGGCUGGUACUAUGACCCACACCAAGGCACCUUCGUGAACGCGCUGCACCUCUACCUGUGGCUGUUCUUGCUCGGCCUGCCCUUCACCCUUUACAUGGCCCUUCCUUCUUCCAUGAUUAUAGUAGCAGUUUACUGUCCAAUGAUAGCUGCUAUCUUCAUUGUUCUGAAGAUGGUCAAUUACCGCCUGCACAGAGCACUUGAUGAAGGAGAAGUUAUAGAGAAGAGUGCUAAUGAACUCACUGAUCGGGGAACCAAACCUGAAAAAGACAGCUGUUCAACCAGAAGAAAAGAUAGCAAUGGACCUAGUGACCCUGGUGGAGGUAUUGAAAUGUCUGAGUUUAUUCGAGAGGCUACACCCCCAGUUGGUUGCAGUUCACGAAAUUCUUAUGCUGGUCUAGACCCAAGCAAUCAGAUUGGAUCUGGCUCACCUCGACUUGAAACAGAAGCAACCAUCAAAGGAGAUACAGAUACCGCCAAGACUUCUGACGAUAUCAGUCUAAGCCUUGGACAGAGCUCUAGUUUGUGUAAAGAAGGAAGCGAAGACCAAGAUUUGGCAGCUGAUCAGAAGCUUUUCCAUCCAGUCUCCAAUGACUCCUUCAUCUCUAUCCAGCCUUCAUUAUCUUCUUGUGGACAGGACUUACCAAGGGACUUCAGUGACAAAGCAAGCUCUCCAAACCACCACCAUCAUGUGGAUCAGUCUCUUUCUAAUGCCUGUGACACAGAAGUGGCUUCUCUUGUACCAUUGCAUUCACACUCUUAUAGGAAAGACCAUCGACCUCGAGGUGUUCCACGGACCUCCAGUUCUGCUGUAGCUUUUCCAGAUACAUCUCUAAAUGAUUUCCCCCUCUAUCAGCAAAGGCGGAGUCUGGAUCCAGUCAGGGAGUUAGAAGCUUCCAAACCUCAUUCUGGAUCUAAAGAAUCUUUAGGAGAAAAUUCUUGCUUACCUGGGGAUUUUCAGCUUGGUGGUGAGUUGAAAAGCUGUAGUCCACAGCCCCCUGCAAAAAGUGGAAAGAAUAAGCCUUUGAAAGCAGACAAAAGUGUAGACAGCUUAAGAAGCCUCAGUACACGGAGUAGUGGCUCAACAGAAAGCUAUUGCAGUGGAACUGACCGGGAUACUAACAGUACUAUCAGCAGCUAUAAAAGUGAACAGACUAGCUCAACUCACAUAGAAAGUAUCUUAUCUGAACAUGAGGAUUCUCCUAGAGUAGGGAAAAAAAAUGGUAGGAAAAAAGAAGUCUUUGUUAACCAAGAGGAAGAUAGUAGCUAUACCAGUGAUAAAAGGACUAGCAGUGAAAUGACUGCUUUGGAAUUGAGUACAAAUAGUGGUGUACAGGAUGCCACAGAUUCCAAUGCCUUAGAUGAUAUGCAUAGUCAGAAGGGUCUUAGUACUUCUGCAUCUGAAGAAGCUAAUAAAAAUCCCCAUGCAAAUGAAUUUACUACACAAACAGACAAGACCACUGGAAAAACUGACAAAAGAGAGGAGCAGAGUGAUAAGCCAGCUCUUACAGUUGACUCAAGAAUUUGUAAGGAUGUUGGUGGAAAACAAAAGGAAGGGGAUGUGCGUCCUAAGUCCUCCAGCUUAAUCCAUCGCACAUCCUCUGCUCACAAAUCAGGUAGGAGACGGACAGGAAAAAAAAGGGCUAGCAGUUUUGACUCAAGUCGGCACAGGGAAUAUGUUUCUUUUCGAGGCAUUUCUGCUACCAAACCUCACAGUGCUAUAUUUUGCCAUGAUGAGGACUCAAGUGAUCAAAGUGAUUUGAGCAGGACUUCAAGCAUGCAAUCAGCCCAUCAGUUUAGUAGUGAUAGCUCUUCCAGUACCACUUCCCAUUCAUGUCAGUCUCCUGAAGGAAAGUACAGUGCUUUAAAAACCAAAUACAUCAAUAAAGAAAGAGGUGCUGAUUCUGAACAUACACACAAGGCUCACAUGGGUCCUGAAGGAACUAACAAAAAGCGAUCAUCACGUCGGACUAAUAGCACAAAUAGUGCUAAGAGUCGUGCUCGAGUAUUGAGCCUGGACAGUGGUACUGUUGCAUGUUUGAAUGAUGCAAAUAGGCUAAUGGCACCAGGGAGCAUAAAACCAUUAACUACUUCAAAAUCAGAUCUUGAAGCCAAAGAAGGAGAAGUACUAGAUGAACUAUCUUUAUUGGGAAGGGCUUCACAGUUAGAAUCAGUCACUCGAUCUAGGAAUAGUUUGCCAAGCCAGGUUACUUUUCCCGAAGGGGAAGAGCAAGAUGCAGCAAGUGGAGCAGCACAGGACAGCGAGGAGAUGGUUACAUUUCGCCGUGAACGCAGCACAUUUAGGCGUCAGGCAGUACGGCGCAGGCACAAUGCAGGGAGUAACCCCACCCCUCCUACAUUGCUCAUCGGAUCACCCCUCAGCCUUCAAGAUGGUCAGCAAGGCCAGCAGUCCACAGCCCAGGUCAAAGUCCAGUCCCGUCCCCCUUCCCAGGCUGCAGUGCUCAGUGCUAGUGCCUCCUUGCUGGUGAGAAAUGGGAGUGGCCACUUAGAAGCAUCACAUGACAAUGCAUCUGCUGUAGGCGGUAGCAGUUUGCAUCAUGAACUUGGUAAGUUUUCUUCCACACUUUAUGAGACUGGUGGUUGUGACAUGUCACUUGUGAAUUUUGAACCAGCAGCAAGAAGAGCAUCCAACAUCUGUGACUCGGACUCUCAUGUAUCCAGUUCUACCUCAGUUCGAUUUUAUCCCCAUGAUGUGCUCUCUCUUCCCCAGAUUCGGUUGAAUAGACUGUUGACUAUUGAUCCAGAUUUGUUGGAGCAACAAGAUAUAGAUUUAAGUCCUGACCUCCAGGAACAUAUGCAACCACAAGAAGAAGCUGCCCAAAAAGUAGAACACUACUAUCGCUUUUGGAUUCUGCCUCAACUCUGGAUUGGCAUUAACUUUGACAGACUUACUCUUUUAGCCCUGUUUGAUAGGAAUCGUGAGAUACUAGAAAAUGUGUUAGCUGUCAUCCUGGCUAUUCUUGUUGCUUUUUUGGGAUCUGUCCUUCUUAUACAAGGUUUCUUCAGGGAUAUCUGGGUCUUCCAGUUCUGCCUGGUGAUAGCCAGUUGUCAGUACUCACUACUUAAGAGUGUCCAACCAGAUUCUUCUUCACCUAGACAUGGUCAUAAUCGCAUCAUAGCCUAUAGUAGACCAGUUUAUUUCUGUUUAUGUUGUGGUCUUAUUUGGCUGCUGGAUUAUGGUAGCAGAAACCUUCCCAUGACCAGGUUCAAGUUAUAUGGAAUGGCUUUCACCAACCCACUGCUGCUUAUGUCAGCCAGGGAUUUAGUUAUAGUGUUCACACUAUGUUUUCCCAUAGUGUUCUUUGUUGGGCUCCUGCCUCAGGUGAAUACAUUUGUGAUGUAUCUCUGUGAACAAUUGGAUAUUCAUGUGUUUGGUGGCAAUGCCACCACAAGCCUGCUUGCAGCACUUUACAGUUUUAUCUGUAGUAUUGUGGCAGUAGCAUUACUAUAUGGACUGUGUUAUGGAGCUCUAAGGGAUUCUUGGGAUGGCCAACAUAUUCCUGUACUUUUCUCUGUGUUUUGUGGUUUGUUAGUGGCGAUAUCCUAUCAUCUCAGCAGACAAAGUAGUGACCCAUCUGUACUUUUCUCGUUGGUGCAAUCAAAAAUUUUUCCAAAUACAGAAGAGAAAAAUCCAGAGGAUCCUCUGUCUGAAGUAAAAGAUCCACUACCUGACAAACUUAGGAAUUCUGUUAGUGAACGGUUGCAAUCUGACCUUAUAGUUUGCAUAGUGAUUGGUGUGCUGUAUUUUGCAAUUCAUGUAAGCACAGUGUUCACAGUUUUACAGCCUGCUCUGAAGUAUGUUCUCUAUACCUUGGUUGGCUCAGUAGGCUUUUUAACCCAUUACAUGCUGCCUCAGGUCCGGAAGCAGCUACCUUGGCACUGUUUCUCUCAUCCACUGCUGAAAACCAAGGAAUAUUACCAAUUUGAAGUUCGAAAUGCAGCCCAUAUGAUGUGGUUUGAGAAACUUCAUGUAUGGCUUAUUUUUGUGGAGAAGAAUGUUAUAUACCCACUGAUUGUUCUUAAUGAGCUCAGUAGCAGUGCAAAAACUAUUGCUAGUCCCAAGAAACUGGAUACUGAGUUAGGCGCUUUAAUGAUCACCAUUGCUGGUUUGAAGUUGCUACGUUCUUCUUUCAGCAGCCCAACUUGUCAGUAUGUCACCGUCAUCUUCACUGUACUCUUUUUCAAAUUUGACUAUGAGGCUUUGUCAGAGACAAUGCUAUUAGAUCUCUUCUUCAUGUCCAUAUUCUUCAACAAGCUUUGGGAACUUCUAUAUAAGUUGCGGUUUGUGUAUACUUAUAUUGCACCAUGGCAGAUUACAUGGGGUUCUGCUUUUCAUGCCUUUGCCCAGCCUUUUGCUGUGCCUCAUUCAGCCAUGUUGUUUGUCCAGGCUGCUAUAUCUGCCUUCUUCUCUACUCCACUAAAUCCUUUUUUGGGAAGUGCAAUAUUCAUCACUUCAUAUGUUCGACCAGUCAAAUUCUGGGAGAGAGACUACAACACAAAGCGUGUGGAUCAUUCAAACACUCGUUUGGCUUCUCAGCUUGAUAGAAAUCCAGGAUCAGAUGACAACAAUCUGAAUUCCAUCUUUUAUGAGCAUCUAACCCGUUCCUUACAGCAUAGUCUAUGUGGAGAUUUGCUGCUAGGGCGAUGGGGAAACUACAGUACUGGAGACUGUUUUAUUCUUGCUUCUGAUUAUCUCAAUGCGUUGGUACAUCUUAUAGAGAUAGGCAAUGGUCUUGUCACUUUCCAGCUGAGGGGACUUGAAUUUAGGGGUACUUACUGCCAACAACGAGAAGUAGAAGCCAUUACUGAAGGAGUAGAUGAAGAUGAUGGCUUUUGUUGCUGUGAACCUGGUCAUCUUCCUCACAUGCUCUCCUUUAAUGCUGCAUUCAGUCAACGUUGGCUAGCUUGGGAGGUUCUUGUCACCAAGUAUGUGCUGGAAGGCUACAGUAUCACUGACAAUAGUGCAGCUUCCAUGCUGCAAGUGUUUGACCUUCGGAAAAUACUCACCACAUAUUAUGUUAAAGGUAUCAUUUACUACGUUACAACCUCCUCCAAACUAGAGGAAUGGCUAGCCAAUGAGACAAUGCAGGAAGGGCUACGCUUAUGUGCUGACCGCAAUUAUGUUGAUGUGGACCCUACAUUUAAUCCAAAUAUUGAUGAAGAUUAUGAUCAUCGACUAGCAGGCAUAUCCCGAGAGAGUUUCUGUGUGAUUUACCUCAACUGGAUUGAAUAUUGUUGUUCUCGAAGAGCAAAGCCACUAGAUGCAGAUAAAGAUUCCUCCCUAGUAACUCUUUGUUAUGGACUCUGUGUUCUGGGGCGAAGAGCUUUAGGCACUGCUGCCCACCAUAUGUCUAGUAAUUUGGAGUCCUUCCUAUAUGGCUUACAUGCCUUAUUUAAGGGAGACUUCCGUAUUUCUUCAAUCAGAGAUGAAUGGAUCUUUGCUGACAUGGAAUUACUAAGAAAAGUGGUAGUCCCUGGCAUCCGGAUGUCACUUAAACUUCAUCAGGAUCAUUUUACUUCUCCAGAUGAGUAUGAUGACCCUACUGUUCUCUAUGAAGCCAUCAUGUCUCAUGAACAAAAUCUGGUAAUAGCUCAUGAAGGGGACCCUGCUUGGAGGAGUGCAGUGCUCUCUAAUUCUCCUUCCCUACUUGCUCUGCGACAUGUAAUGGAUGAUGGCACCAAUGAAUACAAAAUCAUCAUGCUUAAUAAGCGCUACCUUAGCUUCAGAGUUAUCAAAGUAAAUAAAGAAUGUGUUCGUGGCCUUUGGGCAGGACAACAACAGGAAUUAGUUUUCCUGCGCAACCGUAACCCAGAAAGAGGGAGCAUCCAAAAUGCAAAACAAGCCCUGAGAAACAUGAUUAAUUCAUCAUGUGAUCAGCCUAUUGGAUACCCCAUCUAUGUCUCACCCCUGACUACAUCUUAUUCUGACAGCCAUGAACAGUUAAAGGACAUUCUUGGAGGGCCUAUCAGCCUGGGAAAUAUCAGAAACUUUGUAGUAUCAACCUGGCACAGGUUAAGAAAAGGUUGUGGAGCUGGCUGUAACAGUGGAGGGAACAUUGAAGAUUCGGAUGCAGGAGGUGGGACUUCCUGCACUAGUAAUAAUGCAACAAAUGCCAAUGAACUUCACAGCAACAUGUUACAAGGAGGCAAUGGAAAUUCCGGACAAGGGCCUGGAGCAGGGUUCUACCCUCCUGUCACAUCCCAACUUCCAACACUUGGUACCAGCCACAGCUCUCACUCUGUACAAUCAAGUCUGGUUAGGCAUUCUCCUGCUCGUGCCUCAGUUGCCAGUCAGUCCUCUUACUGCUAUAGCAGCCGUCAUUCAUCUCUCCGAAUGUCCACUACAGGAUUUGUACCUUGUCGGCGCUCUUCCACCAGUCAGAUUUCCCUUCGAAACUUGCCAUCAUCCAUCCAGUCCCGCCUUUCCAUGGUGAACCAAAUGGAACUUUCUAACCAGACUGGCCUGGCCAGUAUGCAGCAUGGUCUUCCAUCUUCUAGCAGCUCCAGCCAAAGUAUCCCAGCCUGCAAACAUGCCCUUGUGGGUUUUCUAGGGACAGAAGGAGGACAGAAUAUUGCCACUGAUUCACAAUCAGGGAACAAUUUAAGUCCUGCCAAUAAUCCACAAGCCAAAAAAGGAGAUGUGAUUUAUAGAAUCCAAAUUGUGGAUCCUAGUCAGAUUUUGGAAGGGAUCAACCUGUCAAAAAGGAAGGAGCUGCAGUGGCCAGAUGAGGGGAUUCGGUUAAAAGCUGGGAGAAAUAGCUGGAAAGAGUGGACUCCUCAGGAAGGCAUGGAAGGACAUGUGAUUCACCGAUGGGUGCCUUGCAGCAGAGAUCCAGGUAGUAGAUCCCACAUAGACAAGACUAUCCUUCUGGUCCAGAUUGAUGAUAAAUAUGUUGCUGUGAUCGAAACUGGAGUACUAGAACUUGGGGCUGAAGUGUAAACCAGUGUUUCACAACUACAUUUCAUCCCUUCCUCCCUUCAAUUCCAAGACUGUGGAAAAGGCAUAGAGGGAGUAAGAGAAGAAUCUCCCAGAAGUCACUUUAGUCAUGUUAUGGGAGAGACUUAACAAAUAGAAUGGGCUUAGAAAAGCCUCUUUGGCUCUAUCCCCCCUCACUCCUGCCACUGUUUCCAUCCCCAAAUAAAGUUCAAAUAUUUUUUUAAGUUAGCUGCUGAGGAAACAUUUUGCAUGGAGGAUAAAGAUUUUAUUAAGAAGCAUCUCUUUAAAAAAAACUUUUCUAUGCAUUGCAUAUGCUUUAAAUCAACAAACUUCAUUUCUAAAAUAUGAACUCAUCAUAUUUUUCUAAUUUAUUUGCCAAAAAUAAUUGCUAUGUUUGGUCAUAGAACAUAUGAAAUCCAUUUACCUUAAUUUUUAAAAAAUCAACUUGUGUACAAACUUUCAGUUCAACCUAAAAUAGUUUAAUGCAUAGUAAGAGACUAUGAACAGACAGAUUAUCUUAUUCCUUGUGAGCUAAAAACUUUAAUGAGAAAACUGCACUAAUUUUUUACAGCAAUGCACUAAGAAGUCUGAGAUUGCUCAGAACAUUUAUUUAUAUAUAUAUAUAUAAUAUAUAUAAAAUUAAAAAAACCAUUAUUUAAAUUGCCUCUGGGAUUUGCCCCUCCCUUUCCACAUGAUCACAGAUGGCAGGAGCUAUAUUGCUCAUCCUUUUUCUUGGUUGGUUCAGUAGGUUAGAUUUCAUACUAGUGCAUUUCUUGUUUCCUUUACAUGGGAUACUAAAUCUUGAGGUGAACCUUUCUAUAGGUUGGCAUUGUUUCCCAAAGCCAUUUUUUGUGGUGCAUUCAGUAAUGUGAACACUACUGCCAAUUACUGUGUCCACAUUGAGGAUGAACACCCAGUGCAACAGGAUAGAUCUUGUUUUUCUAUAGCAGUUCUAGAGAUUCUGCUCUUUGCCAAUUAGGUUGGUAUUAGUUCCCAAGAGAAAACACUUUUUUGGAGGGAAGGGCAAAUUUCAAAGUGCUGAAUGAAGAGCUUAUAGUGCUCAAGGGCCUCCUAAGGAUAUUUUGAAGGCAUUCAGCUUCAAUUCAAUAGUUUACCCAAGUAAGAAACUUUUUAAAAACAAAAUUAUACAGAUGGUGCAGCCCUUGUUAUCAAAUCACCCUUAAUCACCUUGCCUUUUAUUUUCCUUUUCUCUUCAUUCUUUUUCUAUUACUUGAAUUUUAUUUCCUAUGAUUAUAUAUUCGGUAUAACUGUAAUUUUGAAUAUUUAUAACUGUGAAGUUGACUUAAUUCAUGUGUUGUCACAUAUCCUAGAUUUUAUUAGGUUUUCUAAUGUGUGUAUUCAGGGAUAUGCGUAACUCAAGCUUACAUUAGGUUGGGUGGGAGUUGCAGCUUAGAUUUAAUUUGCAACAGCAAAUCUUUUCUAAAUCCAGGAGCUAAAUUCCCCUUUUGUGAGUCUUUCCCCUUUUGGUGUGAGACUUUAUGUGAAGGACACUGCAUACAUAGGUUUAUCAUUUGGAAGCAGCCAUCUUUCUACCUCCAUAUGAUCUGACGGUUUAAAUUGUCUUGGGAGGAGGUAUGUCUGAUCCCCUCAGGCACUGAAAUGCCUCACAAAGAAAGUUUAGGAAUGACUAUUUAUGGGAUGAAAAUUAAUGAAUUAAAAUUAUCAUUGCCAUUCUGCUAAAAGACCCAUCUGCUUUAACUGAAGUUAUUUUUGAUCCAAAUGGCAUGUGGUUCAAAUACCCAUUGUAUAUUGUAUUGGGUUUUGCUUAAAUUUGGUUAAAUUCUGUUAAAAUUCCCUCUUUCAAAUCGCAUAUACUAUAAUGGUAUAUCAACUGUACUAUGGAAAUAGUGUAUAAGCUUAGUUUUUUUCCCCCAUCAGACUUUGCAUAGCCUGACAUUUCUGAAUUGAUGGCUUAUUAUUUCCCUGAUACAUACAUUAUAGCAUAUGUAAAUUUGCUUUAUAUAUGUAAGAUUCACCAUCAAAAUUUAGUAUUGAUUCCUUUCCCUUAACUAUAAGAAUAAGGUCUGAACUUUUUAAAAAACAUCUUCUCAAAGAAUUUAUACAUUUUCUUCUUUUUGAAAUGUAUGUUGAACCUCUUCGUUGAUGGAUUAGGAAUAAGGCUUAAGGAUAAAUGAAAGAGGAGUCUUUAGCAGGAUUAUUCAUUAGGAGCUGGGUAAAUUUUUUUCUAGAACAAUAUUAAAUUAAUCAUAAGAUUAUAAUUGCAACUUUACUUCACCAGAAGUGUCAAGUGCAAUAUAUAGUAAGAUUUUAUUUCAAGAGAAAAAUAGAUAUUCUUCACUAGGAGUUGAGUAUAAACCAUUGAUAUCAGGAAAUGAAAAUCACUGAUCCUAAAAAAACCUCUUUAAGUGAAGCAAAGUUAUACAUAAUAAAAGCCUUCUCUUUUCCAUUAGAAAAUUACCCAAUCUCAGAAUUUUAGAAAUUGGAAUCCCUUGAAUGUUUAUUUCCUCAUUGGUAUUUUCUCCGGUUUGUACAAGUGAUUCCUAACUUGACAUAACUCUAUCACCAAUAGCUGCAAUAUAUUCUUUUACAUCAGGUAAUUGUAAUUUAGGGGAAAAAUUUAUAAAUUUUACAGUAUAAAGGAGGGAAAAGUUGAGUUAUUCUCAUUUUUAAACCUCAUAGUGAUAUUUUAUUUGGUGUGCCCUCCAAACCUUUUGCACUGACUGGUGUUCAAAAUAUCUAUAAGAUCCUAGACUAUAAGGAAGCAUUUUGUUAUGUUUCCAUCACUCACAACUUAGUUCUUUUAUGAGAAACAGCUUUAGAAGCCCAUAUUUUGAAAUUUGAAAUACAGAAUUUAUAUGCUAUGUCAACCUUUGUAAUUCAUAGAAAUUAGAAGUAUAUCUGUUUUAGAAGGUAUCUGUUUUCUCAACUUUUCUAUCAGAAGUAGAAUAUUGAAUGAUUUAUGAUUUGUUAAGUUUUUCUUCUUGAAUAGCCCCAACAGAGAUUCUGAAUGAGUCCACUUGUUCCCUUCCAAGUUCUUAAUAUGUUCCCUCCUUUUUCUGAACACAACAUUUGUAAAGACUUUACAUGAUUACUUUCCAUUAAAGAAAUUUCUUUCCAAGCCCAAUUUAUUUAUCCUUUUUCCAAGGAUAAAAUAUUGGUAAAUUUUUAAGGACUUAGAAAAAGUACUAACAUAUCAGUAUAAGUUUUCCCUUUCCUUUUACCAUAAGUAGUUGUUAUGGCCUACUUUCACUACAUUUCCCUUGCUGGAAAGAAAGAAGUUAUACAAGUAAAUAUGUAAUACUAUUAAAAGAACUACCAGUACUUCACCUGUCCUUGAGGUAAAGAAAGCUGUAUCUGUAGACCAUGUGCCAAACCAUUAAAGCCGUCAUUUUUCUACAAGAAAAUGUAACUUAUUGAGCACAUAUACUUUCCUUAUAGUUCUUGAGUUUUUGGUUUAGUGAUUUGUUACUUCAAUAUCCAACUUCAAUGAAUUUUUCAAAGGCUCAUUAAAUGUUGAGGCGCAAGUGUCUUAACCUUUAAUAGAUGUCACUUUGUCAGCUAAGCAUCAAUUCUUCCUCCACCUUGGAAUGUAGGUUGAGGGAUUGCUUUAUUGGAUCAUUUAAUUAAGAGCCUGACACAUUUUAUGUAUAAUUUAUCUAGUGCCUGAAAAGAUGUCUUAUCCUAUUAGCCAACUUUAAAAUGUCUACCAGAUCGAUUUCUACUUGGAGUUAUUCUUUCAUUGAUAUUUCUGCUUGUCAAUUAUUACUGUUCUUGUGUUUGUUUUAUUUUUAUUAUCCUUUCAUAAAUGUGGACAAAUUUAGGUCUUUUAAAAACAUGAAUAUCUAUGCUAAUAGAAUAGAAUAACAUCCUUAUUUUCAUCAUGUGAGAUGAUCAUAAAAAAUUGCUGGAAUUAUUGGUUAUCUUGUUUGGACAAGGGCCCACCAGUGCUUUGUCAUUGAUAUAAUUCAUUGUCAUACUGGAUCCAAAAAUCUGUUUUUACUAUUUCUGAAGGCUUUUACUUGAAUUUUAAUUAUGUAGAUAUUUUUAUUCAUAAGUAUGAUAGCUUCAAAUCUAUAUAACUUAGUUUACAAAGUCAUUGGUUGUGUAAUUGCAUUUUUCAGUCUUACAUUGAAAUGGAUGUUUGUUAAGGUCAGGGUUUGGGAAGAUAGAUACCCUAUGUAUUCAGGCAUCAUUGAAUGAAGAAUGUGUGUCUUAAUUGUUUCUUUAGCUCAGACUUUUGGAUCUCCAUGUCCUGGAGGAUAAAAAGCCGAACAUUUUAUUCUUUUUGUUCCCCUGUUCCCUCAAAAAGGAAUAAUGGUAAAUGAAAUGCUUCAAAUUUUUUUACUUCAAACUAAAAAUGGGAAGGAACCAAUUAUAUAGAUAGAUCUGGUCAUAUGUUAUUAUUAUUAUUAUUAUUAUUAACUUUGAAGCAGAAGUAUCUACUAAGCUGUGAAUUAUUUCAAUAAUAUUUCUUAUUAGGUCAGUAUAACUUAUUUUCCCAAUAUUAUUUAAAUGAACUUUUAAAUGGACCACAUAUGUUCCCUAAACUAGGGUGAAUAACUUCUGGUUUUGAACUGAAUGCCACAGCUCCUAAAUUGUAGAAAUAACAUAAAACUUUCAAAAAUUGGGAGACCAAAGCAGAUUAAUAACCCCAGAGUUACAUGAUACCUUUGUUUCAAGAUUUUUAUGCCUAUUAUAUAGGGUUCUAUCUAUCCUCUUGUAAUCUUCAUUAUGCUCAGUACUUGAUGGCUUCUGACUUAGUAGCCAGACUGGAAGAAAUGAAGGUCAUUAACACAGGGGUGAGAAUAAACUGCUAAUUGUUCUCCAGUUCAGGACAUGCUCUAUUUUCAAAAUAAAGAAAGGGACAUAAGGAUGGCUGCUCCAAAUGACCUCCAGGGCUUCUUAUACUUAAGUUUCAUAAGCCCACAGAAUUUAAAGCUUGAUUACACAAUCAAAAAAUAGAAAUGGGGGGAAAUGUCUGCUUUUGCUUUUUAAAAAUUCACCAUUUAAGUAAAAUUGCAUCCUUAAAUUGAACACAUUAACUUUAUGUGUGAGCUUUACAUGAGGAAAUGGAAGGAGUAAAAUAUAAAGUAGCUAGUAGGAAGGAAGGUGUGAGGGUGAAACAUGGAUUUACUUUUUCUGAAAAUGGGCUCUGAAAAGCAUACAUUGCUUCUACCAGCAUAUGGAUAUCUAUUGGAGAUAAGGAUAUAUGUACUCACGUACGUCUGUGAGUGUAUGUCUGCGUGUGUGUUAUUGGAAACAGCCUGUAAAUAUUGUAGUUGUUUAAAAUGGAAAAUAAAAGCUGAGGUUUUUUGUUUUUGUUUUUGUUUUUGUUUUUCAAAUGUGUUGCAACAAAAGGACAGUAUUGACAGUGGAUAAAACACUGAGGAAAUAAAUUUUUUUUCAUUUUU